AUGGCAGCAGUCGUCAGCUCCUAUCCACAACAUGUGUACCAUCAGCAAGCAUAUUUUAAUUCAAAAUUAUCACCCUUUUAUGGCGCUCAAUAUAUUCCAAGUAACUUUUACAAACCCAAGCUUCAAAAAUCACAUAAACAACAGCCAAAACCUCGGACACCGACGCCGACAAAAUCAAUUGAAAACAUUGAUUCCAAUUUGCAACAACUACGUCCUAGACGUGAGCCUCGUAUUCGUCGCCAAGUAAUUUUAUUACCAACACCGGAGCCUAUCUACAGACAAGUACGACAUCGAUUACCAACACCUGAACGACAAGUUAUUCAACGCACUGUCAUUCAAAAAGCUAACGGCGAAGUUCACAUACGACACCAACGACAUAGAAAGAGCGUAAGAAGUCAUAGUCAAUCGGAAGCUGCUACAGAAACACCAACACCUCGUACACGACCAACUAACGCAGAUUAA